GAAAAGUUUCUCAGCAGGUUCAACAGAUUGCUACAACACAGACCGAUGAAGUAUUGCACUCACUCAUCCAAUGUGGCAAACAUGUAACAUACACCCUAAGACUGAUCCUGCUUUUUACUCCUUUGUUAUGAUUUAAUCUGAUAUUCUGUAGCCUUGGAGACAGUUUGCAUAGAUUAGAAUGUUAGAUUCCUGUGAUGUCAUCAAUGCCCAUGUUUUGUUUUAAUGUCUUGUGAUAGUUCUAACUGCAUACAAAGUCAGAGUUCAAGUGAGUUUAGUACAAAGAGUACAAUUUUGAACCAGUUUCUGACAUGUCGUUAAAAUCUCAGCCAACCUUUACCACACCACGUGCUGUGGGUGUGCGUAAAUAUCUAGACCGCCACACUGAGCCCUGGUUCCUCAGGAUAGAGGACAGGACGUCAGAUGGGCGAAUCAAGAGCUCCAAACGAAAAGAUUGUGCCACAGAAAGACUGGAAAAAGCUUCCAAAAGAAGCAAGGACAGCAAAAGUCCAACCCCAGGCCUCAGCCAUCUUGUCUUGGAGAAGUCUGCUUUCAGAAAGAAGAGCAGCAAACGAAAGUCAAGCAGCGAUGGAACAAAACAACCACGCAGUAAAAAGAGCAAGACAUCAAGCUCACAGGAGGAGGCCAGCUGCUCCGUCUAUGAGACAGAUGCACCUUUGCCCAGCACAUACAAAAGUCACAGUAUAGAGGACUUUGAAGAAAAAUACAAAGAGCAGGAUAAGCUGGGUGAAGGAGGCUUUGGGACUGUCUUCUUUGGAAAACGCAGAGAAGACAAUUUCCCAGUGGUGAUUAAGCAUGUUGCUCAUGUUUUAGUCAGCUACCAACCAGUGCUUCUUAAUGGUAAAAUGACCAAGAUUCCCAAGGAGGUGGCAUUGCUAAUAAAAGUGGGGGCAGGACCAGAGGCUACAAGCAGCAAUGUGACGCCCGUUUUAAUCGACUGGUAUGACUUGGAAGACGAACUCAUUAUGGUCUUUGAAAGGCCAAAAGAAAACAUAGACUUGGAAGCCUACCUGGCAAACAGAAGAACCUUUGUGCACGAGAGGGAGGUUAAGGUCAUAAUGAGACAGCUGGUACAUGCAGCCGCUGAAAUGCAAUCCAAGGGUGUCUUCCAUCGAGACAUUAAGCCAGACAAUAUUGUGUUUGACACAUCGCCUGAUCAUUCAGCAUUUCAAUGUGUCAGAGUCAUUGAUUUUGGCAUUGGAGUCACUUUUAGACCAGAAGCAGUCACACGAAGAAAUGGGACCAAAUCACCUGCUCCAAACUGGCAGGACUUUAAUGCCACCACAGCAGAUUGCGUCACAGUUUUGCAGCUGGGUAUGGUGAUGGAUUGGCUGGUACGUCACAUCAUCCCUGAUGACAACAACACAUCUGAGAUGCGCACUGACAUUUCAGAGGAUUGCAAGUGUUUUCUGUUGGGUUGUUACUGUCAGAGCCAUGAAGACCGCCUCACCCUAGAGGAAGUUCAGAAUCAUCCCUGGCUCAAAUGAUGUAUUGAUGCCAAGCAAAACAGUGUUACAGAGCAGAAUCUCUAACAGAGAAGUAUUCGGUCACAUUCAAAAGCUAUGGCACAUAGCUGUCCAUGUUUUUAUCAUUUCUAUCAUUUUUACAGGGCCCGCCCCUCUGGAAGCACCCCACAAGAGCAAGUGGACCAUGAGAUCACAGUGGAACUUCCACCCGGUCUUUAGUCUUGUUGCCAUUGUAUUUUCCAUACAUUUCCCACCCACCCCCAGCAAUCCGUGGAAAGGGGAUCUCUCUCUGAAUUGCCUUUCCCGAGGUUUCUUCUCAAGUUUUUGAGGAGUUUUUCCUCGUCUUCUUAGAGAGCUUGUGCUGGGUUAAAAACUGUUGCUACUAUCAGCCUGAGUUAUGAAUACAGUUGUGGCCUAAUGUUUUGUCAGUGGUACAAAGUUUGCUUUUGCGCACUUUGCCACUUCAGUCUGUAUUUAGAGCCACAACUGUAUACACAACAGACCGAACAUGCUCAGCUUUGCCAAAGCUAGCAGGAAUUGGAGUUUAAUUUGAUCAAUUAAUUAUUUAUGAAUCAAUUUAACAAACAAAUGGGCAAAUGUAAAGAAAUGUAUCAAUCAGGGAAUUAGUAGCAACA